CUUCGGGAAGGGCAAAAUUGAAUGUGGUUCCUGUUCCCCUCUCACCACGACCAUGUUCUGGCUGCUACGCACUUGGUCUUUGUGUUCUUGUGCUGUCGUAUGUGUGUGGGCAGGGUCAUUGUACCAUCAAGAAGUGCUGCACGAGACCUAUAACCGAUCUCCUAUACUUAGACGGUUCAACAUUCAGUCGGCGUCCAGGCAAGACGUUUCAGAGCUGUUUGGGAUCAUCGAGCUUUCGGGUCUCGAUGUAUGGCAUGCCAAUGGAAGCCAUGUUGAUGUCCUCAUUCCUGUGUCACACGACCUAUCUGCAGUACAACUGCAGGUCUCUAAUCUACCCUAUAUCGAUAGCCCGCUCUCCCAGUCAACCUAUAACAUCUCGCAUAUGCCUUCAGAAUCUUUGGGGACAUGGAAUCUCUCCCUGAGCAAUUCUAGCUUCCACACGGCUUAUCGUCGCCUGGACGAGAUUGAACAAUUUGUACAAGACCUACGGGCUGAAUACCCUGCUCUAGUCGACAUCGUCAGCAUUGGUCACUCUGCCGAGGGGCGAGAGAUGUUUGCAGUGGAGAUCUCGACGGAUAACAAGACGCAGAAGAUUAAUGGUGGAUCUCGAAGCAACCACUCAGAAAGUGCGAAGAAAUUAGGGUUUGUCCUGACAGGUGCCCAACAUGCACGAGAGUGGAUUGCGACGUCCACCGCAAUGUAUCUUACUCACGCACUUGUCGCCAAUGAAACUGAGCCAUACUCAUUGAAGUACUUAUUAGAAGAAUUCAACUUCUAUGUCGUUCUAGUUCCAAAUCCUGACGGCUACGUAUACACAUGGGAAACAGAUCGUCUCUGGUACAAAAAUCGACAGCUUGUUGGUGCGGACGAGAAAUGCGUCGGUAUUGAUAUGAACAGAAAUUGGGGUUACAAGUGGAAACCAACAGCGCGUUUCCCUUUGUGGUUUGAAGCUUCAGGCAAAAAGAAAAAGCCACCCAGAGUUCCUACGGAUCCUUGCUCUCACUGGUACCCCGGACAUAGAGCUUUCGAGUCACCGGAGGUCAACAACAUCGCGAAUUAUAUUACCAUAUUACCCCGACUUCAGGCCUUCGUUGAACUAAGGAGUUACGGUCAGAUGAUCUCAACUCCCUAUUCGUAUACAUGCAAGCGGAUACCGAAGGAUGCUGAGGACCAGAUCGAAGCAGCCAUGGGUGCGGUGAAGGCAAUCAAGUCUGUUCACGGAACGCCUUUCACUACUGGUCGACUCUGUGAGAACCUGUACAAAGCGAACGGGAAUGUUGUAGAUUACAUGUUUGCGAGAGCGGGUAUUAAGUAUGUCUAUGCAGCGCACCUGCGAGAUACAGGCACGUACGGGUUUUCUCUUCCGCCAGAGUGGAUUCGCCCAGUGGGAGAAGAAACUGUCCAUAUGAUAAAAUCGCUCGCUCGUUUCAUGACGGAAAUCAAAGUGUAAAUUGUGUAAACAUCAUGUCUAUCGACUGUACUAUUCCCCCGCCAAUGCAUUACUAUUCAGGAUCUGUAUUGACCCGAAUAAAGCCCUCAACUGCAACAUAUAGUAUUAUGUCGAAGUUUCACAAGGGACCGAGACGCUCGAAGUCGAAUUCCGGGACUUAUUGAUACUGCUUAAUAUCAAUUGCGAACGAUCUAUGCUUCGACGGUAUAUUCAUUUCACUCAAUCUUACACCAUCUACUCUGGAAAGGAUAAGGAUGAACAUUGGAGAGACUGUUUUCACGAAGAUGACACUGAAGGUGGACUAUUGCCCUAAUGUGACACAAGAAGUACGUAAAGGUAAAAGUACAGGCCCGCGCAGUUUACACCAAUACUGCUCACUGUACCAGAUAGGAAAAAAACAGCUUCAACAGAAUAACUAAAACUACUGGAAGAUGCCCACACUUGGUAGGAGUCCAUGACUAACUAUGCGACAUGAUGCUGUUUGCGAAUCAUAUUAGAACCGUAAUGAAGAUAAGUCAAGUGGACUCACUAUUCUCGAAGUCUGUCUUUCGUCACAAUAUUGAGUACGAUGGCUCGUCCAAAAACGACUUCAACUCCAUCAACCUCAUACGGGUUACGUCUCGGAGUCCGG